UGGUAGGUUCUGCGCAUGCGCGUACUGUUCCGGGCAGAUGGAGAGAAGAUGCCCACUGCCAUCAUCCCCGUGUAGUGGUUCUUAUUAUACAUCCAUGGUGUAGUGCAGGAGAGCUACAGACCGCAGACAGCACACACACUGCUCGUUCGUUCAGCUGCAUGUUAGUCUGACUCAAGAGGCUCGAUGUCUGUGGCAAACGCGAAACACACUGUCCUGAAUCCGGUGAUCCCAUACACGGGGCCCAUACCUGGAGGCCUGCACCCUGGGGAGAUCAUCAUCAUCCAGGGCACUGUGCCCCCAGAGGCUGACAGGUUUCAGGUGGACCUGUCGAGCGGCUGCAGCACCAAGCCGCGCUCUGACGUGGCCCUACACUUCAGCCCCCGCUUCAUAGGCCCGCCCUGUGUGGUGUGUAACUCCCUGCUGCGGGAGAGCUGGGGCAAAGAGGAAACGCUCCAUCAGCUGCCCUACAAACGCGGAGCCCCCUUCGAGACCAUCAUCCUGGUGCACAAAGACGCCUUCAAGGUGGCAGUAAAUGGCACUCACCUGCUGGAGUACAAGCACAAAAUCCCCCUGAACAGGGUCGACACAUUUUCUAUUUCUGGGAAUGUGAGGGUUCACGCUAUUGGCUACAUCCCAAACUCAGCAAUAUUUUCCGAAUCAGGUGACUUGAGCCUCCCUUACAAAGGCAGCAUCCUGAAAGGACUGAGCCCCGGGCAGCACAUCACCAUCAAAGGCCAGGUCAGCAUGUACCCUCACAGUUUCACAGUGAACCUCCGCAGCAGCCGGACAGAGAACAUCGCUCUGCAUCUGAACCCUCGCAUGAAGUCGGGUGCAUUCAUCAGGAACUCGUAUCUGAGUGAGUCCUGGGGUCAGGAGGAGCGGGAGCUGCCGUACUUCCCCUUCUUGUCAGGGGAAUACUUUGAGGUUCUCAUCCUCUGUCAGCCUCACCAGUUCAAGCUGGCAGUGAACGGCUCACACUUGUUUGAGUUCAGACAUCGGGUGCAGGACCUGGGCAGCAUCGACCAACUGGAGAUCAUGGGCGACCUGGAGCUCGAUGAUGUGAAACUGUGGUGACUCCGACUCGGGCCUCUAGACUCACUCUGAAGCCAGCGUUACGGACACCAUUCUGGUUAUCCAUGCUAAAUUAGCUUAGCCACAAUGACCCAUACAAUGUGGCUGGAAACUGCAAACCCUGGUCUGAUUCAGGUCAGGAAAGUCUUGCAGCAACCACAGGUCACUGGUUUUAAGCUAGUCUAGCAUUUUUAGGUGACCAAGGACCAUAAAGACAGGCCCUGCCAUGGAGUAUUGAUGGUCCAUGUUUCCAGCCCUGGCUAGACGUCUGAUGCAUGAGAGUUAGCUGUGCUGGAGCGUCGGCCUGAGCCAUGACUGUUUACAGCUACAAGUUAGGUUUGCCUUGGUUCAUUUCUUAUACCGUCUCUAGUGCAUCUCUGCUGUGAUAGUGCACUGUAUAUCUAAAACAGGAAAUAUGUGAAUGUUUAUAAGCACUUGGCUUCAAAUGCUAAGACAGUCAGCAAAAACAAACCAUGAAUAAAAUGGAAGUGCUCCAUUCUUCUGGAGCCAGGCCCAAUAAAAACUGAUUUAUUGUACAUAAUAAAAGCUUUGUAACAAUUCUCAUCACCUUUUUAAAAAAAAAUGUUCAAAAUAGUUUACAUCAGUAUUUUCUUGUUUAAUUUAAUAGGACAUGCCCAACUCAGGGCAUUGUUUAUUUUCUAAUUCAGUCUGCUAUAAAGGUUGUAAUCUUCAGGACUCGUGAUAGGGUCCCAUGCACUGGAAAUUUAAAUCAAUUGAACAUGUCAAUGGUGUAGCAGAACUCAAGCACAGAACAGUACAGGGUCCGUUAUAAUAUAACUAUUUCAAUAACCAAACAAAUGUCCAUCGCAAUCUUUAUGCAAGCUGUAGAAUAAAGUAGAAUCUGUGUCCAUCUCUCCGUCACUGCUCAACUCAUUGCUACAAUGAGCAAUGUUUAAAAAAACGGUAUAUUUUAUUUCCAAUGUCAAUGUUUUUUUGCAUUGUCUGUUGUAAUUGUUGUAAAAUAUGUAUAAAUAAUAACCCCUAUGUAUCAUCAAUUAUUUAUUAACGAAUAAAUGUGUUACUAUUAC